AUGGCCACUCCCGCGCCCGGUGGAAGUGGAGCAGCACCCGCACCUGCACCCGCAGCCGGACCGGUCGCCGCAGCCGCAGCCCCGGCUGCUGCCGGCGCCGCCGGCGGGAACUACAUGCAAGCCGCCGCGCCCAGCCUCCAGUAUUUCAAGCCGACGGCUGCACCAGCUGCCGCGCCUCCGGUCACCGCGGCCUACCCCGCAGCUCCGGCAGGAGGCCACACCGCGGUCGAGCCUGUCCAGCGCGGUGAGCCCGAGGCAUACUCAGCUGGCGUGGUCAAGACCUUUGUGGGCGGACUCUCCUACAACACGACCGACGAGUCGCUGGGAGCAUACUUUCGGUCGCGUGGAGCGAACGUUGCGGACGCGCUUGUGAUGUGUGACAAGACGACGGGCAAGUCGCGCGGAUUCGGGUUUGUCAUCUUUGCCGACCGGCCGUCUGCCGAGGCCAACCUUGGGCUCCACUCGGACGUUGACGGGCGACAGAUCGAAGUGAAGGAGGCUGUGGCGCGCGAGCACAUGCGGCGUGACGGGCGACCGCCUCCGCCGCGGCGUGGCGAGGCUGUGCGGGUCGACAACCCAGGAAAGAUCUACGUGGGUGGCCUGACGCCCGCUGUGACGCAGGGCGACCUGCAUGCCGCCUUUGCGCAGUACGGCAACAUUGACGAAACAGUGGUUAUUCCCCAGCAGAACGAUCCUAGCCGUGCCUAUGGGUUUGUGAUCUUUAGCGAUGGAGCGUCAGCCGCAGCGGCGCUGCAGGUAGGCACCCACAUGGUGAAUGGCAUCUCAGCCACGGUCCGGCCGUCGACCGGAGGGAGGCGCGGGCGUGAUCGCGAGGGAGGAGGGGGUGAUCGUUACGGCGGUGGUGGUGGCAGGGAUAGAGGUGGCUACGGCGGCGGCGGCUACGGCGGCGGCCGCGGCGGCUACGGUGCCCAGGGCGGCUAUGGUGCCCAGGGCGGCUAUGGUGCCCAGGGCGGCUAUGGUGCCCAGGGCGGCUAUGGUGCUCAGGGCGGCUACGCUGCACGCGGUGGCGCUCAGCGCACCGGCUACACUGGCUACGGCGCCCAGCCUGCUCAGCAGCCGGCCGCGCAGCCGGCUGCUACCGGCGCCGCCGGGUCGGGCCCGUACUACGGCUACGCCACAUACGAUGAGUACGCCAAGGCGUACGAGGCCUACUAUGGCGUCUCUCCGUACAACUACAACUACUCGCAGCAGCAGCAACAGCCGGCAGCCGCGGGUCAGCCUGCCGCGGCGCCGGCCUACGGUCAGCAGCAGCCGUACAGCGCUGCCGGAUACGGCCAGCAGGCCACGCAGCAGCCGCCGGCCGCCGGCGGAUAUGCAGCCUAUGGCCAGCAGCAGCAGCGUCAUCCACAGGCCGCCAGCGGCUGUCGCGGCGGUGGCAAGGGCGGGCGGAGCCGGCUCUCAGGCGGCCUCCGCGGGUUCCAGACGCGUCUGACGCGGGAACCGUACGAGGACACGGCAGCAGGCAAGGCUGCUGAUGCCGAGAGUGAGGACGAUAGCUUGUUUGAGGACGCCGAGUUCAAGUGGCAUGCCCUCGGCGGACGGGAGGCCGAGGACGCGGCAGCCAAGGGUCGCAUGCCUGCCGACCUCGAGGGAGAGUACCGCUUCGGUGUGACCGAGGAGCUUGUCGAGCCGUACAAGAACAACCCUGCCGUCAUGUCGGCCAUCUCAUACGCCACCGCCUCGCAGAUGGAGAUCAACCAGGCUCGGAUCCAGAAGGCCAUUGCCACCUGGGCCCGGGAUACCCGCGACACCGGCUCGCCCGAGGUUCAGAUCGCCGUCCUCAGUGAGAAGAUCAAGUACAUGACCACCCACAUGCAGAAGCACAAGAAGGACGUCCACUCGCGCAAGGGCCUCCAGGCCAUGCUCAACAAGCGCCGCAAGAUGCUCAAGUACCUCAAGCGCACCUCGCUCGUCCGCUACAAGAGCUGUGUCGAGGGCCUUGGCAUCCGCCACAUCUGAUCCUCCUC